AUGGAUUCUGAUGAUGAUGGUGACCGUCGCCGCGACAAGUUUGCUAGAGAGCGCCGGGACGAUGACAGCUAUAGGAGAAGCGGUGGCGGAGGCGGCGGUUAUUCUCGCUAUGACAACAAGAGACCAGCAGGAAGAAGAGAGGAUUAUCAAGUGAAAAGGAGCCGUGGAGACGAAGGAGACGAUGGAUUUGAUCCAGUCCGUGGUGAUCGGAAUGGUAACGGUGCCGAGCCGUCAUCAGAGAAUAGUAUUUAUUCCGGUCCCUUGUUACCGUUUAAGAGAUUCCUUACUAAUCAGGAAGAUGACAUUUCUGAAGAAGAUGCAAUCAAAAAGUAUAAUGAGUACAAAAACGAACACAGAAAGUUUCAACUUGACCGGUUUUUCCGUGCUCAUAAAGACGAAGAAUGGUUCCGUCUCAAGUACAAGCCGGAAGAGGCUAAGAAGGUCAAAGAGGUUCAAUUGGAGAACGUUCAAAAACGUUUGCAGAUUUUCAAUGAGCUUAAGGAACAAGGACAGUUUGAUAAGUUCACCUUGGAUUUUGAAGAUGCUGAAGCAAUCCUUAGAAUGUUGGACUCGGUGGUCGUUAAACUUGAGAAUGGCUCAGAGGACGACUUGAAAGCUGUUUUGGCUCAAAAACUAGACGAUGAAUCGCUUGCCGAUGUUAAAAAAGAAAACAAGGAUGCCGCCGAGAAAGUUGAGGAUCAAGUGAAGGACGAAGUGAAGGAGGAACCCAAUGAAGAGCAGGAAGAAGGCGCGAUUGACGAUGAAACUGACAAAGCUUCGAACAAGGUCAAUAUCCAUAAAACCUGUUCUGUUUUCUUGAGAAAUAUCCCGCCAGGGUUGACUUAUGAGGAGUUGGAAAGUACGUGCAAGAAGUAUCCAGGGUUCCUCCGACUUGCUCUUACUGAUGGAAUCGCUGAGAGAAGAUUUUAUAGAAGAGGAUGGGCUACUUUCAAGCGGGAUGUCAACAUCAAAGAAAUUUGUUGGGGACUCAAUGCACAUCGUCUCCGUGAAACUGACCUAAACGCCAUCAUUAAUCGCGAUAUAACUCGUCGUGUCCGCACCAACAAUGGCGUCGCUGCUCAUAAACAAGUUGCUCUUAACGACUUAAAACUGGCUGUGAAGCUAACAGCUCUUUAUGAUAAAAAGCUUGGCUUGUUUAAUGCUGCCGAUGAAUCGGAAUCCGAUCGCGAAAAGGAUAUUCGCAUGGGAGUUGACCUGGUAGCUGCAUCAACCAAUCCCCUUGUCAAGGAAAUCAAAUCCAUCGUACCAAAAGAUACCUUGAAUGACAUUAGUGAAGAAGAAGCCGAACUAUUGGGGGUUUCGAACGGUGGCGACUCACAAUCGGACAAGGUUAGAUACGAAAGAGACGAUACUAUUUUAAAAGCUCUUGAUCUUCUCAUUAUCUAUCUUCGUAUUGUUCAUUCUAUUGACUUCUACAAUCACGGUCAUUAUGCUCAAGAGGAUUCCAUGCCCAACAGAUGCGGUCUGAUUCAUGUACGUGGGCAGCCACCUUCCGGAGCUUCUAUAAAUACGGAUGAGAAUGGAGAUCUAAUUGUUCCACAAAAGUUCAUCAAUGACUUCAUCUCGGGAUUCAAUUCUCGUAUCGACAAAGGGCUAAUAGAGAAGCAGUAUGUCAGUGAGGAAGAUAUGGAGAAAAUGGGGAAAAAAGAUGGCGAAAAAGAAGUUGAAGCUUUUAUCGCUAUCAACACGGUUGAACUUGCUAAGGAUAAAUGGCUUUGCCCGUUGUCCGGGAAAAAGUUCAAAGGUCCUGAGUUCAUUCGUAAGCAUUUACAAUCGAAGCAUGAAGACAAACUGGAAGAAGCCAGAGCAGAAGCCGACUUCUUCAAUAAUUAUCUGGCGGACGCGCAACGUCCUGUAGAUUUGGAGCCCAAACACAUGCCCCAUAUGUCACGCGAUGAUCACCGUGGUGGAGGUGGUGAUCGUGGAUACGGAAGAGAACGUGAUGACGAUAGAGGUCCUGGUGGAGGAAGAAGCUCUUUUGGCAAUGGAUCGUAUGAUAGACGUCCACCAUUUCCACCUCGUCACAGUCUCGGAGGACGCGGUGGCGGCGGGCGAAUGUUCGAUGAUGCCCCGCGUCGCCAGCCAGUAUCGUACCGGGAUUUGGACGCACCCGAUGACAUCCCAUAA